CAGUAACUGUCAAAUCGCGAAUGAAAUUGAUUUGUUGAUAGUUCUUGCGAGUUGCAUUAUUUAAAUUUACAAAUAAAAAUAAUGCCAGAAAUCUCACUCGCAUACUGAAAACUCAGUACAAAUUUACUAUUACAGGAAUAAAAAUAUUAUCAGAAUGGGUGACAGCCAAAACGGCUUCGAGGACAAUGAGAUGCUCCAAGCGUUGUAUGACUUCGAAGCGACGUUGGCGAAAACCUUGAGCUUUACGGAGGGCGAAUUUUUCUAUCUGCAACAACAAAACGUGAAGCAGAGGAACUGGUGGCAUGUCGUUAAUAGAAAAGGUCAAGUCGGCUUCGUGCCCUCCAAUUACGUCGCUACAGUCAAGGUGGAGCCAGAGUUCUUUCUUGCGUUCCUUAGUAGUUGCAUUAAGUCUUUGAAUGAGGAUAACGCCAUGUCGGGGCAGAAGCAGGAGUUGUUAGCUAGGUUGAGUGAAAAGAAGAAGCAGCUGCAGAUAUUAACAAGGCCGCAGAACAAGAAAGCUCAAGCGCCCAAGCCUCCGCCACGCCUGGAUGAUGCUACACCUCCUAAUGGUGUCUCUCCGUCUUUUGACUUGAGGCCCGUUGUGUCUCAGCAAUAUAUUAGUGAGGAAAGAGAUAGUUCUUCACCUAAAUCUGUGAUUGAUAAUGAUGAUAAUAGCAAGAAAUUUGGCAUUACCAAAACCUCCUCAAUCCAGUUAUCCUCAGAUACAGACAACCAAGAUGACAGUCAGGACAGCAGUGAGAGCAUCAAACCUAAUGCCAUCUAUGACAUAGUGCAGUCAGUCCGUAAGGAGACGCAGCUCAGUCAUGAGAUGUCUAAGGUGGCUGUGGAGACUGUCCUUAUAUCCUUGAGGGAGUUCCUACCAGGUGGCGCUGCGCGUUCAAUCAUCGACGCGCUUCUCCGAGAAGCGAACAGCAACAUAACAUGCCCCCGUAACGCCAUGGACGCGGCGCCGGACGCACUGCGUAUGCUGACUGCGCUCAACGCGCUGUCGAAGGCGGCCAACGACGCGCAGCAGCGCGGCUGGGCGCUGCACGACGACGCGCACGAUAUACAGACACAGCUACUCGAGUUGAUAUCCGUUAUGUCUAACGCGGAUGUGAAUAUAUCGCAACACGUGCUGAGCAGCCACAAAUACGUUUACGUGACUACUCUGGUGCAGUACUACCAGAUGGAGACGCGAUGGCCGCUCAGACAACUCCUGCUGCAGGCGUUCGGCGUGAUGUGCGGCCUGGAGCGUACCGCAUUAGCCACGCUGGCGCUGUCGCAGCUGCCACCAGAGAUCGCGCGCGACAUGCGCGACAACCCGCGCGCCGUCAGCCGCCUGUCGCACUCCGCGCUGCUGCUCUCCAUGGUGCUGUCCAUGGCCGACAAGCUGCCCGUCACACACUUCGAAAUACUCGGUGUAGAAUUCGCCGAAUUCCUCCUAGAGCUGAUCGAGAAUCCGCCAGAGACAGACGUGGACGAACAAAUACCGGAUUUGUUUCUUACUCUGCUCCUGGCCUAUAAUCUACAGUUCGAUACUCCGGUGGAUAAUCUGCUGCUCAAUGCGCUGGAGAAUAGGGAUAAUGCCAAGACUUUCUGUGAGAAGGUGCUGCUGCUGCUUAACCGUGAAGACGACCCCGUUCACAUCUUCGACCAUGAGCCCGCCCCAGCGCACUCGGUACUGAAGCUGGUUACCGACCUGUUCUCGCGCAAGAAGACCGCUGAACACUUCUACACCAACGACGUCAAAGUGGCCAUCGAUAUCAUCGUGAGGCAGCUAGCUGACUUGUCACCGGGAGAAACGCGUCGUCAAGAAUACCUAAAGAUCCUCCAAGGCAUCAUCCGCAACACCGACUACGGUUCUCACCUCCACCGACGGGACGAUCUUCUCCGCUGCUUCGCCCGCAUCUUCUGCGAGGAAGGAGACUCCAGCCGGGACGACCAGGCCCUCGUCAGGGCCAUAUCCAACGAGUUCCCCCAAUACUUCAAGGCCUAAGGUUAGUAUCAACUACUGGUAUUGAACGUACCUUGAACGGUUACUGCAGGGUCGCGGAGACAGGCCUAAAGUGUUCCAAUACGCUUUUAACCUUUUGAACGCUACAUGGCAAUUGACGUCAACGCAAAAUCGUGACCACGACGCCAAAGACUGCAUUUGACGUCGAUCGUUUUUUUUAUGAAAAUCUACUGGAAAACACCACACCACCACAAAAAAAUUUACCCCCGUGGCGUCAGUGGCACGGCAAAUGAAUGCGCCGUUUGGCGUUCAAAAUGUUAAGACGGACGUGAAUGGUAUCUGCUUCUUUAUCUUCUAGAAUAGCCAAUACAUUCCCGAUGCAUUGAACAUUAGAAACUUAAUAAGGAGUCGCUAGAGCUAGAUAGAAAAUAAUGGCGUUACUUUUGCCAAUUUAAAACGAGGGAAGUAACUGCACUUUUGAUUGUAAUCUCCUCUAUACUCGAGCGCACUAAAACUUUUUUUCUAUAUGAUAUGUAAGAUAUUUUUAGUCUAAUUAAAAGCAAAGGGUAACAUGUCAGAAUGGGGUCUAAAAACAUAACCAUUCCUUCUGGGCUAUAAAAGAAGGCAUGGUGCGCACGACAAUGGUAGAUGUCUGUUAGCUGAAUGAAUAGACAAAAUUCCUGAUUAUGUACGUAACUGGUUAACAAUAAUCCAUAUUAUUUCAAUUUAAAAAACCAUUCUUUCUGGACUAUAAAAGAAGGCAUGCUGCGCACGACAAUGGUAGAUGUCUGUUAGCUGAAUGAAUAGACAAAAUUCCUGAUUAUGUACGUAACUGGUUAACAAUACAAUAAUCCAUAUUAUUUAUAAGUACCUAUAUCCUUAGAUACUCAUAAAACGUUCACUAUACUAUUACGUACUCUUAUCUGAGUUUUACUUUAUGUUUUAAAAAUACUAUGCAUGUGGAGAGUAGAUAAAAAUUGUUAUUACCUUUAAAUAACUGUUACGAAUUAAUUACAGUUAAAUUGGAUUAAAAUAGAAUACGAAAAACUCUAUUUCAGUAUUUAUUGGUAUGAAAAGUGUCUAUACAAAUAAAAAGUUAAUUUAACCAUGUUAUAUUUCAAAAUUUAUGUCUAAUGAUGUUAUAAAUGUGCGUGUGCGUGUAUGUGUGAUUUGCUGGUGUCUAAAUAAAGUGAACAAAAUGUAAUAGAUACGUAAAUAUUAUGAUAUUACUAUGGAAAAUACUUUAAUAAAAAAAUUAUUUAUUUGUGACAAUACAAACAGUAUAAUUAUACUGAUCAGUUCUUUCAGUUAAAUUAUUAAAACUAAAUAACUAUCUAAAUUUAUAUAUACAUUCUGAAUCGUUCUUAAAUAACUAUUUGUUAAAGAUAUCUGUGUUUUUGGAACAUCAGAGGUAAUUAAUGCCCUUCAAUCGGAAAGCCAUACUGUCACCAAAGAGUUGUUUUUCGUGUCAUCGUUAUUAUGUACAAUAUUGGUAUGUCAAUUAAGGAAAUGCUUUAAAACUGUCCAACCACAAAAAGUCGCACCGGUAGCUCAACCAGAAACACCGUAACACUACCGGCCUAAGUAUUUUUAUAUUAUUUAAUGUUAAGCAUAACGUUAGUAAGACUUAGAGAAUUCAGUAAAUACUUACAGUUAUUUUAUUGAUCCUAAGAUGGCUUAGCAAUUAUUUGCUUUAAUGAUCGUACGUAAUGGUUGUAUUAAUUGUUCAAAUUUCGCUAAAUUAACUUGUUAUACACGGUGUAACAUGAGUAAACCGAAUAAUUUUAACAGCGUAUUCCUGAUCAUAUUUAGAGACAAAAAUGUCCUAUAAACUUUUUUGAUAUUCGCCUAGUUUCAGAGAUAUUAUUAAUUUAAAAAAAAAUAAGAUUUUAUUGUUACACGGUGUAAAAGGCCUUUUUGAUGGUGAUGUUGCUGCUUAAGGGACAUAGUCUAAAUAUCCUUAUUGAUAGAUGUCAAAAAGUGACAAGUAGCACUUUGCAAAAAGUAGGUUCUACGAAAAAAAAAUGUAAAAAUCAAUUUUAAGUGACAAGUUUACUAAUAACAUUUAUUAUUUAUGUACAAAUACAUUAAAAAAAUUAAAAAAAAAACGAAACAAAAAAAAUUUUUUUUUGGCGAAAUUGACCUAAACUCAUAUUACAUUUUUUACUUCUUUUGACCUCAGAAAUGCGUGGUUAAAAUUAUUCGGUUUCCUCAUGUUACACCGUGUAUAUCUUAUGGUAUAUGCAUAAAAUAGUUCCCAGUUUAUUUUAAAGUUAUAUCAGGCAAAUGAAAAUUUUAAGUAAGGGCAAGUAGAAAAUCAAAGCGUUAUUAUAAAACAUAUAUUCUGUAAAUUCAUUAAUUGUCGCAAUAGGCGAUUAUCAUAUCUUAUGAUUGUUUUAAAACGAAUAGAUUAUUAUAGUGAGGAAACGACAAAUGUUCGGGUUUAUUUAUGAAAUUGAUUUUUUCCUGCUGUGUUUAGGUAUAAAAUAUCCGUAAAAGAUCAUAGUUUCAGAAAUGAACCCAUUCGUAUGUAUAUUUCCAUGUGAUGCCAUAUUAUAUUUAACACAUUUAUUUUAUGUAAAAUGAUGUACUUAACAUAAAGAAAAGAAGCAAUAUUUUUGCUAGUCAUUGUUCAUUUAGGUACUUAUACACGACUCAUACGAUAUAAUAUAAAUAUAGAACACACAGCAGCUUUCUAGCUUACAUGUAAAAUGUUUCCUUAAGAGCCAACAGGAGUGGUCAUUUCUCCAUACAAACGUACUCCUCGUUUUCCUCCGUGGUUUUUGAAGCUAGAGCAAUGAUUUUUUCAACACAGAUUAAUAUUGUCAAUAUCUGUGUCGGACCGUUUUGCUUUUUUUGAUAUUUUUGUUUUUUAAGGCGCUAGAGCCCUUCAAAAAUGGCCAAAAUGGCCUAAUUGACUAUGCCGCAAUGAGAGGCGUGGCAUUCAAAACUGAUAUCAAUCAGCCAAAAAAGCAAAACGGUCCGACACAGAUAAUUUCAUAAUCAUUUAGAUUUACAAAUUUGGUUACGAUUGGUUAAGUUUUGGAGGAGGAAACAGAGGAGUACGAAACCUCGAUUUUUGAGAUUUUUACGCAGGAUUUUUCGCCUUGUCCUUAUCGCACUACUUUUAGGUGCCGCUUCCGUUAGCGAGACGGGUAUAUUUACCUAAAAUAUUUAAAACUCAGCUCCUGUUUCGUCUUAAUUCUAAAAGUUAAAAUUUGCACUUACAGUAGAAUCCGUUUAUUAUGACUCCGCUUAUACUGACCAACCGCUUACUAUGACGUAAUUACUGUGCGACGUUUGGUUUUUAUAUAAAACUCUUUGUGACAAAUUCGGAUAAGAUGACUUCGCUUAUAGUGACAAACCGUUUACUAUGACCUAAAAAUCCUAUCUCCAUGAAAUUAUAUCCGGUUAUACUGACACCUUCGCUGGUUUUCGUGGCCGUCACCACGUCUUUCCCUGCGAGGACGUUUGGUGCGUUCGUGGCGUGUAAGGUAUUUUAGUUUUGAUUCUCAGUGACAAGUUGAUAUUUGUUACAAAUUUAAUAAAACUCAUCUCUCACAAAGGAAUUUGAGAUUAAUUUGGAAAACAUAACAAAAAUAAGAAGUUGUACAAUUAUGCUUUAUAUCAUUUAUAUGACAUCCGCUUAGUAUGACGUGUUUGUCAGUUCCCUUCGAUGUCAUUAUAAGCGGAUUCCACUGUAUAUUGAUAAUAUAACAAAAAAACAAAUAUACCUACAGUAAAUUCUUGACUAGAAAACUAUUAAUUCUCAUUUAUUAACACUAAACCUAAUUUGUAAGAGAUUGAGUCGAAGUAAAAGCAGCUACAGCUAAGAUAUUGUUUUCUAUAGCAGCUAUAAUUAAAUAGAUGUAAAAGCACUAUUAGCAGACUCACUAUUGUUAACAGUUCCUCUACCCGUCUUUAAUUAUCAUGAUACUAGUAUGAAGUCGAUUUUCUAGUUAGCUAGAAGUAUUUAACAUUUUACUGAUAAGGCAUGAUAAAUGGGUAAGUAGCAACUUUUUUUUUUUUAAAUAUGUGACAGUAAUACAUUUUAUUAUACAUAAUAUACAUUUUUAUGUUACAACUACUUACACCAGAUUUUUAAUUAGGAUUAUUGCACACAACUGGAUUAUUGCAGCAACUUUAUUGCACACAACUGAUUAAAUAUUUUCUCAGUUCCCAUGCCCUUCUUGUAUUGUAGAACUUCAGACUUUGAUUAUUUUCCAGAGACCGGUCUGAUAUCCCGUUCGAGGGGUUUGGAAGGGGUAUUUCGUAAGGCUUUGCUUGCCAAAGCCAUUGCUCUCUAAAACCCUUUCAUUCGGCUUUUACAGCGCUUGGUAAUACGGGUAAGCUCUUUUCGAGUGUCGGGUUCCUAGGUGCUAACUCCUUGAAGGGGUAUCCCGUAUAACGCUUAUGACAUUUUCAACUUUCUCUUCAUGAAAAUAGAAGGACUGGGUGUCUAGCGCGUUGACAGCACAGAUGUCACAAUUUUUUGAAUUAGGAAGGGGAUACCCUUACAUUUGCGGCGGUAGCUCUGAAAGGGUAACCCCUUCCUAGUGCUAAGCAAAAUGAACGGGUUAUCAAUUCAAAGGGAUAGCAAAUCAUUGGAGCUAUUCGAGAAACGACUAAGCCAGUCAAAGGCUGUUUUCUGGAAAGGGGUGGACGGGUCCCUGUUAUUUGUAAUCUUCUCAAGCUGUACAAGCUUUUCAACAUUGUGAGGUGAUUGUAAAGUGUUAAUCAAUAGCGUAAAGAGGGACGCCUUUAGAUUUUUCUUUUACACAGAUUUUUCAGACGCGAAAUUCGAUAUCACUACAAAGCAUUUAAGUCUUUAUUUAAGUACCAGUUAAUGGUUGUCGAGUAUUUCUAUUAGUGAUAAGUAAUUCUAAAAUAUCGCUUUUUAUUGCGUAUGUUAAUCGGUAAAACGUACCUAUUUAAUUUUCUUGUCUUUCCAAUUCAUUAAAACAAAAUCGAUUCAUUAUAAUGAUUUUUAUAAGGUGCUCAAGUUUGAAGCCAAAUUUUAGUAGAAAGUAUAUAUCGUGACUACUUUGAAAAAAACUCGUAUCUUGUUCUGUCAAUAAAAAUAAAAAUGUGGUAACUAUGUAUGGUAUGCAUACAGAGUUACUUCGUUUUAACUUUGAGUAGCAGUGCGAGAUACGAGAUUUUUUCAAAGUAGUGACGAUAUAUAUAUUUUAGUGUAUUUAUAAGGUUAAUUUACGGCGUGGCUGCUAAAAUAAUGAAAUUAUGUUUGUGAAGCUGACAGAAUCAAAUGUGGGCAAAAAUUAUAAAUUUUCUGUGACCAAGAUCUAUUUUUGCAAGCUACCAUCAUCGCUAAGUUAGUUUCGGUCACUCGUACACUUCAUAUCAAGUACCAAGGCAAUUUCUCGACACCAUUUGUUACUAA